AGAUGCUAGGAUCACAGCACUACAUGAGAAGGAUACCAUCUCUGUCCCCCUAGAGUCUAUGUAGCAAAGGGGAGGACAGACAUUAUGCAUGAGGAUGAUGACAGGUGUUCAAAAGGGCAGGUAGUGGUGGUUAUGAGAAAGUAUUCUCUAACAGGGAGAUCAGGGUGUCAGAGCUUUAUGUAUUUUACCAUGAUCUGAAAGCUAUCCUUGACUAAUUUGAUUUUCUUGUGUGUUUCAUGCCAGUAUUGUGGUGAAUGUUAUCAAGCCUGUUAAUUUUUUGUUAAUAGCUUUAUUGGGAUAUCCAAACUAUCCACCUUGAGCAUCUUCAGAAGAAGUUAUCAGUUUAGUUGAAAAUGUAACAACUUAACAGAUACAGGAAGUCUUACCUUUCUUUGGCAAUUCAAAAAUCUCAGAGAAAAUCUGGAGCUCAAAAAUGUACAAAAACAAAACUCUGUUUAGGGUAGCACAUGUUUGAUAACCUUGACUGCAUUCAUACACAUUUGAAAUGAACUGUCCAAUGGCUUUAGUAUGUUCAGAGUUUGCACCCAUCAUCACAAUCUAGUUUUGGAACAAUUUCAUCACCCUGGAAAGAGACCCCCAUACCCAUUAGCAGUUACUCCCCUCAACCCAACCCUUGGCAACAACAAAUACAAAUACCAUCAUAGAGUUUUGCCUCUUGUGGACGUUUUAUGUAAACGGAAUCAUACAAUAUGUGGUCUUUUGUGACUGACUCCUUUCCCAUAGCAUAAUGUUUUCAAAGUUCAUCCAAAGCAUUAAAAUUUUUAACUUUCUUACCAUCUCAGAGUUAUAUGAAUUCUUACUCCUAAGUCCAACACAAUGGUGCCCUGAAAUACUCUCUCCAGGGAUGGAAUUGGGAGAAAAUUACCCUUUUCAUGUUGUUUGUAUUUCCAUAGAAAUAGACUUGGCCUCCCAACAGUUAAACUUCAGAAUUUAAAUGUUUGCAUUUUAAGUUAGCUGUUUUUAAACAUUGUUAACCAUAAUGCUAAACUAAGUAACUCUGUAAACAAGAGCUGUCUCUCUUGAAUGUUCGUUUCAAAGAAAAAAAUUUUAAAUAUUGAUUUCCAGAGAAAUAUGCUCAAUAGAGUUCGUUUUCAAGCAGAAGUCACUUGUUGAAACGUACAUGAAGGCAUGUUUUGUAGUAAAGACAAUAUUUGCAACAGUUAUCAAGUAGCCAUAUUUUGCACAGUAAAAAAAAAAAAUAACAAAUGGUUCUAGUCAUCUUUUUAAAAUGAUGUUUUGGCUCUUUCAUCUGCCAAGGGCACAAAUAUUCAAACUAUCCACCUGGAGCAUCUUCAGAAGAAGUUAUCAGCUUAGUUGAAAAUGUAACAACUUAACAGUUGUAGGAGGUAUUACCUUUCUUUGGCAAUUCAAAAAUCUCAGAGAAAAUCUGAAGCUCAAAAAUGUACAAAAACUGUACAUCAAAAAAUGUACAAAAAUGUACCCAAAACUCUGUUUAGGGUAGCACAUGUAUGAUAACCUUGACUGCACACUUCCUAGUAUCUAGUAUCAUCCAGGACCUUAAAAGAGUGAAUGGUAUACCAGUGGUAGAAUUCUUGAGUCUCUUUUAAAAGUUGACACCUUCUGCCCAAGGCUGAGUAUGGAUUUGAAAUUCGAUGGUAUCUUUUAAAAAGUCUGUUGGUGAGUAGGACUUUUCAUAAGUGGCAAGUGAAAUUACUCAUUUAAGUUUGCACUGCUCUGUCCUUGAUCUGAGCUGGUACUUCCAUGGCCUUCGCAUGCAUUGAGAGUGAGGGGAAAGAAAAAUGAAAAGCUUGAAGUCUUCAUGCUCUGUUUAGGUACACUCUUUUUGAAGUGUGAAGAUCAUGUAGAUUUUCCCUUGAAUCCUGUAUAUUAGCAGGUAUAUGGUGUAUAAUUAAAGGUAAUUAGAUGUUUUGUUAAUUAUCUGACAGUGGAGUGAGUUAUUUAAAAAUAUUUUUUUAAUUAAAAUCUUGCAUCAUUGGACAGACUGUGAUGAUUUCAGUUUAUAGAUUGGCAUGGAUCUUUACUUCCUCACUUUUUCCUCCAGGCCUCUUUUUUUCUGGAAGUCAGUAUCUCUUUCAAAGGAUUGUGAGCAGCCUCUGGAGACCAAAGGAAGUGUCCUAAACCAUUCAUUACAGGUUUUUGAGUCAUGAUGCAAGAAUCUGGGACUGAGACAAAAAGUAAUGGUUCAGCCAUCCAGAAUGGGUCUAGCGGCGGCAACCACUUACUAGAGUGCGGCAGUCUUCGGGAAGGGCGGUCCAACGGGGAGGCGCCGGCCGUGGACGUGGGGACGGCCGAUCUGGCCCACGUGCAGCAGCAGCAGCAGGCACUUCAAGUGGCAAGACAGCUUCUUCUCCAUCAGCAACAGCAGCAGCAAGUUAGUGGGUUAAAGUCUCCCAAGAGGAAUGACAAGCAGCCAGCCCUUCAGGUUCCCGUGUCAGUGGCUAUGAUGACACCUCAAGUUAUCACUCCCCAGCAAAUGCAGCAGAUUCUCCAGCAGCAAGUGCUGAGCCCUCAGCAGCUCCAGGUUCUCCUCCAGCAGCAGCAGGCCCUCAUGCUUCAACAGCAGCAGCUUCAAGAGUUUUAUAAAAAACAACAGGAACAGUUGCAGCUUCAACUUUUACAACAACAACAUGCUGGAAAACAGCCUAAAGAGCAGCAGCAGGUGGCUACCCAGCAGCUGGCCUUCCAGCAGCAGCUUCUGCAGAUGCAGCAGUUACAGCAGCAGCACCUCCUGUCUUUGCAGCGCCAGGGCCUCCUAACCAUCCAGCCGGGGCAGCCCGCCCUUCCCCUCCAACCUCUCACUCAAGGCAUGAUUCCAACAGAACUGCAGCAGCUCUGGAAGGAAGUGACAAGUGCUCAUACGACAGAAGAAACCACGGGCAACAAUCACAGCAGUUUGGAUCUGACCACGACGUGUGUCUCUUCCUCUGCACCUUCCAAGACCUCCUUAAUAAUGAACCCACAUGCCUCUACCAAUGGACAGCUGUCAGUCCACACUCCCAAAAGGGAAAGUUUGUCCCAUGAGGAGCAUCCCCAUAGCCAUCCUCUCUAUGGACACGGUGUAUGCAAGUGGCCUGGCUGUGAAGCAGUGUGUGAAGAUUUCCAGUCAUUUCUAAAACAUCUCAACAGUGAGCAUGCGCUGGACGAUAGAAGUACAGCCCAAUGUAGAGUACAAAUGCAGGUUGUACAGCAGUUAGAGCUACAGCUUGCGAAAGACAAAGAGCGCCUGCAAGCCAUGAUGACCCACCUGCACGUGAAGUCUACAGAACCCAAAACUGCCCCUCAGCCCCUGAAUCUGGUAUCCAGUGUCACCCUCUCCAAGUCUGCGUCAGAGGCUUCUCCACAGAGCUUACCUCAUACUCCUACGACGCCCACUGCCCCCAUCACUCCCGUCACCCAAGGCCCCUCCGUCAUCACCACCACCAGCAUGCACACGGUGGGACCCAUCCGCAGGCGGUACUCAGACAAAUACAACGUGCCCAUCUCUUCAGCAGAUAUUGCGCAGAACCAAGAAUUUUAUAAGAACGCAGAAGUUAGACCACCAUUUACAUAUGCAUCUUUAAUUAGGCAGGCCAUUCUCGAAUCUCCAGAAAAGCAGCUAACACUAAAUGAAAUCUAUAACUGGUUCACACGAAUGUUUGCUUACUUCCGACGUAAUGCUGCCACGUGGAAGAAUGCAGUGCGUCAUAAUCUUAGUCUUCACAAGUGUUUUGUGCGAGUAGAAAACGUUAAAGGGGCAGUAUGGACAGUGGAUGAAGUAGAAUUCCAAAAACGAAGGCCACAAAAGAUCAGUGGUAACCCUUCCCUUAUUAAAAACAUGCAGACCAGCCACGCCUACUGUACACCUCUCAAUGCAGCUUUACAGGCUUCGAUGGCUGAGAACAGUAUACCUCUAUACACUACCGCUUCCAUGGGAAACCCCACUCUGGGCAACCUGGCCAGCGCGAUCCGGGAAGAGCUGAACGGGGCGAUGGAGCACGCCAACAGCAACGAGAGCGACAGCAGUCCGGGCCGAUCCCCUCUGCAAGCUGUGCAUCCUGUGCACGUCAAAGAAGAGCCCCUGGACCCUGAGGAAGCUGAAGGGCCGCUCUCCCUAGUGACCACAGCCAACCACAGUCCAGAUUUUGACCACGACAGAGAUUACGAAGAUGAACCUGUAAAUGAGGACAUGGAGUGAACAUCUGGGCAGGCCGACCCCAAGAGUGUGAAGAUUGGGGGGAGAAAACACACACACAAAACAAAACAUGUCAAAAGUUGGCAGUGAAAUCGUUCUCCAUUGGUUGUACAGUCUGGAGGAUUUUUCACUACAUUUUGACAACUCUGCAAUGUGUUAACUCUUAGUGCCAUCAAGAAUCCCAUUUGGGAGUAUUUUUGAUUUUUCUACUUUUUGUUGAAAAAAGGAAUUUGUACUCUGUGCAUUGGAUGGACUUGUUUGGUACUGGGGAUUUUCCUCUCUUAACAGUCAACAUCAGUGUUGUAAAUUCGCUAAACUGAUUCACUUUUAGCAGCAGACUUUGAACUGCAGUCCUUCCGACGUUGCACAACGAAGACACCCAACUGAGCAUGUGCGCCUGAGCUGCAGACCAAGCCUCUGCCCAGAAUCUAAGGAUUCCAAUGGACGACCUAUUUGCACAGUACUGCAUGUUGAUUAUCACUGCCUUUACUCCAUUUUUUUUUUUUUUUUUUGCUUCCAGUUGGGAUGGGGAAGGCCUUUGUGUGUGUAUUGGGGGGAGGGUUUAAAAAUAAUUAUCCCAAACUUUUUAAUGUAUUGCCUUUUUUUUUUUUUUUUUUUGGCUUCUCCUAUACCAUUUUAAGUUCUGACCUCAGGCCUCCAUUGGGCCCGCGGCCUCUUGGAGGCUUCAAGUUUUCUGUACCUUGUGAUGAAUGUUAAUAGGUGUUUUUAUUAUACAAAGCUGAAUGUCAUUUCUCGUUCGUAGUUUUCUGUCACUCAUUCCAUUUCCCUUCAGACAUCACCACUGUUUUCUCAAAAGUCAGAAAACAUUCCGUUUUGGUCUUUUGCAAAAAGGUCCCAAAUGCUGCACUCUACAUGUGAAGGUCCUCUCACUCAGACGUGAAGUUCCUGCCAGAAAGAGAAUGAAUGACAGAAAAAAAAAAUUAGAGACACCCUAGGAACCAUGCAGAUUCAUUUCACAAAGCAGUAUUGGAAAGUGGGAAGGGGGUUGUUUCAGAUUUUCCUUUUUUUUUUUUAAAUAUUGUAUCUACCGUCAUGCUUAAUAAAUGCCACAGCAGUUACCAGCACAAGGAGAAAUAGGCAGCAGCCCCUCUUCCCCCAAAACCAAAAAAAAAAACCACACUGACAGCGUGCACGACCGGAGAAGGCUCUCCCUGGAACGACCUGGUUGAGAUGGGCCUCAGGCUCUCACAGUUGUUAAACCCAGCAUGAGUUGCUUUGUUUGCAAAAUGGCCCCAAAGCUGGCUUCCCAGAGCAACUCUGCUGAAAGUGCCGGUGGCCCCCAAUGGAAACGUCCAUUCAGACCUGCUUGGUGGCAUUCAUCUGUUUGAAUGCGAAUCAGAUUUCCAUUUGAGCUUGUCCUGUGAGUUAAUGAGGACUGGGCUCAGCAGAAGCUGAGGAGUUAAUUUCCACUCGGCGAACCUGGUGCUGCAGUGCAGUGUGUGAGGCGGCCUCACCCUCCGGUCCGGUCUCGGCCGCCAGCAGCGCGAGACGCCAGGUAGAUGGGGGCUCAGCCCGGCCUGGGCUCCUGGGGAAACACGCCGCACGUGCAGGCCGUGGUGCUCAGAGGUCAGUACAGCCUCAGUCCUUGGAAUCCCUCAAUGCUUCCACUUGCACCUCCUUUCCUGUCAUUUAUUUAUCUAGGACUGUCGCUCUUGUUUUAGUUCAAGAGCCGUUUGGAGAGCUUAAUUUAUAUGCUUUGUACCUUUUUUCCCCUAAAAUUACCAAAGAUAUUCCACAAAGUUAAAUUAUGUUCUCUGUUUUUAUGCUUUAUCUGAUGAAGCCAAAUAUCCUCUUCUUGUUGAUCAAAGGAGGCAAAAUAAUUUAGAGGCAAUUGAUGAGAUAUAGGCUAUUGCUAACUUGAGACAACUGCUCCUUCAUCAUAGAGGACAUUUAGGAGACCAAGUAGGUAAUGGAACCAAAGUAGUUACUUUUUUUUUUUUUUUAGUCAUUUUUUGUUUGUUUUCUUCCUACCGAGACCAAAACUCAUUCCUGUAAAGAGAAAUUACAGGGCUACUGAAGGGAGAAAUAGGAUACAGUAUUAAGGAUGUACCAUCUCCAAGAAAGAAAAAAAAAAAAACCACAGUGUAUGGCAUAUGAAACUUAGGGGGUGUCCAGUCCAGGAGACAGUUAUGGUAAAAUGAAGGUAAAAUUCAGAGAGAACAGAAAAGCUUCCACAAUUGAACUAGACUGUGUAAUACUAUUUCUAGAAGACAUUUCUUUUCAAAGAAAGAUUAUAUGCCACUUUUGUUUAAGGACUGUGCUAUGAUCACUGCGUUCAUUUUAGUUUCUCUUGUCAUAUAUAUCCUCCAGGUUUUUGUUUUAUUUUUUUUAAAGGUUUUCUUUUUUUCCUUCCUUUCUUUCAGAUUAGGCUUGCCUCAGCAUUUUUCAUUAAAAAGAAAAAAAAAAAAGUAACAUUCCUGUCCACUCACAAGCUUGGUAGAAAAACUUCUUUGGCAGUUACUUUUGAAGCUUCACACUGCUUUCUCUAUAAAGGGCAGUCUGUGGUCACUCGAGACUUACAUUUUUUUUCCCCAACUUUUCCAGGCAGCGUCAUGAUGUGCAGGCAGUAGCCAGACAGGGUCAUGGGAAGGGGGCCCUGCGCUUCUAAACUGAGUGGUUGCUGGUUAGUUUGGUAUUCAAAAGAGGAUAAAAAUCUGGUAGAUUAGUUCAUUCUCAGCAUGUGUAGCUAGACAUGAGUAAAGUUAACAGCAUGAGAAACUGUUAGUACGCAUACCUCAGUUCAAACCUUUAGGGAAUGAUUAAAAUUAAAAAAAAAAUACAUUUCACUCAGUUGCACUUAGUCGUAUGUCUUGCAUGCUUAGUCUAAAGACUGUAGCAAAAAGAAAAAAAAAGAAAAAUUAGAUUUUACGUAUCUUUGCAGGUAUCACAGCCUUGCAGAAGAACCAACUGAAAAAAAAAAAAAAAGAAUCUCAGGCUUUACAGCAAGCAAACUUCACUCUGAUGUUUCCAAUUCUGAUUCUGUAUCCCUUGGGGGUAAUCCCAGUUGCUUCUUUAGGAUGGGGUUUAUUAUGUUGUACAUAUAUCCCGAUGUGUCUGUGUGACUCUUUGUCUUUUUUGGGGGAGGGCGGAGGGUGGUUCUUUUUUUAGAUACUGUUCCUAAAAAGGAAUAAAUGCAUACACCUGUUUGUCAAAACACCUUUGCUUUUUGUGCAACUGCUUUAUAUUAACAAUACUUUAAAAAAAAGCUUUGGAAAAAAACUACUGUAUGUAAUGGAAUUGCAGAAUAUGCUGCACAUGUAUUUUAUUUAGUUAUUCUUGCUUUAAGAAUAUCGGAUGACAUUUCCUGACAUGUGGGAGGGAGAAACUCCCAAACUGUUUUGUUUUUUUUUUUUUUUUGGCUUUUAAAUUGUAACAUAGUUGACAGAUUUUUUUUUUUCCCCUGUUCUCAUUGAUCAGAGCAUCUUGUACAGGUUUUUUUGGUGUGUGUGCGAGCGGGUGUGUGUUAAUCUGUUUUUUGAUACAUUCCUAUCCCUUGUGUUUAUCCUGCCAUUGCCCUCCUGGCUAUCUAAAUGAGUUCAUACAUUUGAAAAGAGAAAAAAAAAUGUUGUUUUAAAAAAGUGUUUUCUCCUGCUGCAGUAAAUACUUUGCAUGAUGAAAUUCCAGGGUCACACUUUCAAAGUUUAUCAGUGAAGUAGUGAUUAAUCAUGAGAGUGUCAAAGCUAUUGAACUUUUUGUAUAAAAAAAAAAAAGAAAACUUUACAAGGUGCCAAGAUGUACAGACAAUUUUGUUACUUUUUUUUUUUUCCAAAGAAAAGCGUACCUUAGGGAGAACAGUCCCUCGCAUCAGACAGAUGCACCGUCAGGAAUGAGGAUCCAUCCUAUUGUCCCUAGUCUGUCCUUGUGAGACAAGUUAGCGCUGCCUGCAGUGUACCAGCAGUGAAAGGAAAUACCAAGGCUUAUGAAUGGGAAGAGUGACCGCCAGCCCCGCCACCUUUGGACAGCUCCGACCUGAUUCCCAGCGUUCCAUCAGACCUGGUAAAGACACCUUGGAUUCUUCACCCGAAAUGCAAUGUCCGUCAUAAGCAAUUUUAUCAUCGGGGGAAAAAAAGUUAAAAGAUUUCCUCUCCUUUCCACAUUCCAGCUUGAUCUCUGUUUCCAAGGGUACAAAGAAGAACAUGUUUGUCAGGAUUCUGAAUCUUUGGGGGACCUUUUGCUUAACGGUAGACCCUCUGGAUAUUCCGGAUGUUUCUGAGAGUCGGUUUGGCUUUUCUCUCCCGAGAAUGAGACUUAACAAUUCCAAAGGCAUCUAUGUGGGCCCCGUGUAGUUCUCACGACGUGCACUACCCAGAAGCCUGCGUGGAGAUGGUACAGCCCGGACUGUGAGCGUGGUGCUCCGUGGAGAUGUGCUGCCAGUAACAAGAAUUUUUUUUCUUUUUGUUCUGUUUUGAUAAGGCAUAAAAGGAACUCAUUCCUUGACAUCAACUGUAAUUCCAUCAUUCCGUGUCUGUGGAUACAGACAAUAAAAAAAAAAUGUUGUGUAGUCAGUACUAAUUACUGACAUGAUCGCAUUCUCAAAUGCAAUAAAAAUGCUGGUUGUUCACACUGGUAGUCAAAGUC